AUGGUGCCUGUGAUGAACAACAGGAAUGAGAUAGUCCAAGCAUACCAGGUAGUGCCUUUCAGUAGUAGUGAUAUUCUGAAUUGGAAGAAUAAUACUCCACCUUAUAGUGAAGAACCCCAAGCUAUGGCUAGGCUAUUGGAAGGGAUUAUGGCAUCCCAUAAUCCCACCUGGCAAGAUUGCAGACAAUUGUUGAAUAUGUUGUUCACAUCAGAAGAGAGAAGAGCAGUGUUGAAUAAUGGGGUAGCCAUAGCCCAGGUUGGGGCCCCACAAGAUGGUGAUGCAGCCGAGUGGGGAGCACAGAGGUUUCCUGUGGAAAUAGAUCCCCAAUGGGACACCGUAGAAGAAGGACAUUUGCAGAGACUGAAAGGAUUCCAGCGUAUAUUGGUAGAAACGGUAAAGAGGGGCCCGCCGCGACCCGUCAACAUUAUAAAAAUUCAGGGAGUGGUACAGGAAAAAUCUGAGUCACCAACAGCCUUUUUGGAAAGGCUGGAGGCAGCAUAUAGAAAGUAUAGCCCGUAUAAUUUGGAGGAUGAAAACGGUAGGAGGGCGAUUCAACAGUCUUUUAUCAGUCAAGCGGCUCCUGACAUCCGGAGAAAGAUUCAAAAGCAACCAGGAUUUCUAGGAAAGACUAUGAAUGAAUUGUUGGCACUCGCAGAUCAGGUUUAUAUGGCAAGGGACCAGGUAGAAGAGGAGAAGGAGGACAGGAAGAAGAAGCAGGAAUACCAAGCAUUAGUUACCAUGAUGGAACAGAGUGCAAGUGGACAGAGAGGAAGAGGAGGAUAUGCCAGAGGGGGACAAGGAGGAAGAAGAGGGCCCCCUCGGAGGUUAGGUCGAGACCAAUGUGCUAAAUGUAAGAAGUUUGGACACUGGAAAGGUGAAUGCCCAGAAGGAAAAGAAGGAAGUCAGGAAGGACCGAGAGGAAGAGGAAGGCCUGAGAGAGGAAGAAACCCAGGAAGGGGAAGAGGACGUGGAAACUACGUACCUUUUCCUGCGAGAGAGGUGAUAGCUGCAGCAGCUGUGAUGGAAGAAGAAUGGGAAGAUAUGGAUGGAGGAGAGGAAUGAGGAAGCCAGGCUCUUGUUUUGUUGGACCCCGGGGAGCCGAUGGUCACACUUGAAAUCGGGGACCAACAAUUGGACUUUUUAGUGGACACAGGUGCCGAAAAAUCAGUAGUAAAUACGAAAAUUAGUCCACCAACUCGGGAAACUACGAAAGUAAUAGGGGUGUCUGGGAAGACCCAGAAGUGCCCCUUCCUCAAGGAACGCACCUGCAAUCUGGCCGGACAUCAGGUCAAGCAUAAGAUGUUAUAUCUUCCAGACUGCCCAGUCCCUUUGUUGGGAAGGGACAUUUUAUCAAAAUUACAAGCACAACUCCAGUUCAUGAAGAAUGGACAAAUGGAAAUAUCAUUUCCCAUGGAAGAGGAAUGGAGACUGUUUCAAGUUAGGAUUUUUACUGAAGAAAUACAGUGGCCAUGGCAUGAGACUCCUUUAGUAUGGGCAGAAGAUAAUCCUCCAGGAUUAGCUAAAUAUGUUCCACCGGUGGUGGUGGAAGUGAAAAGAGGAAUGGGACCCAUAUGUAAGCCACAGUAUCCCGUCAGUCGAGAGGCGGUGCAGGGGAUCAGAAAGCAUCUAGAGCGACUUCUGCAGCAUGGGAUAUUGGUACCAUGCAGUUCCCCGUGGAAUACGCCCCUGCUCCCAGUCAAGAAACCUGGAGGACAAGGAGAAUAUCGCCCAGUUCAAGAUUUGCGGGCUGUGAAUCAAGCCACCGUUCCCCUAACCCCAGUAGUGCCUAAUCCAUACAUCAUGAUGAGUCUAGUACCAGCAUUUGCCAAAUGGUUUACUGUAUUGGAUUUAAAGGAUGCAUUCUUUUGCAUUCGAUUGGCCCCUGUAUCCCAACCGAUCUUUGCUUUCCAAUGGGAAUCCCAGCAGUCAGGGCAAAGGACCCAGUAUGUUUGGACACGCCUUCCUCAGGGGUUCCGGAACAGCCCGACCAUUUUUGGUCAAGCCCUGGCCAAAGACUUGCAAGAAUUUGUGAUACCUAAAGAAGAGGGAAUUUGGCUGCAAUAUGUAGAUGAUCUGCUUAUCGCUUGCCGGACACUAGGGGGCUGUAGAGAGCAUACUUUGAGGUUACUCAAGGAAUUGGAAGAGAAGGGUUACAAAGUGUCAAGGAAAAAGGCCCAGUUGUGCUGUCCCACGGUGAAAUAUUUGGGGUUCCAUCUGACCGAAGGAAAGAAGAUGUGAGCUGAAAGAAAGGAAGUUGUUUGCGCCAUUCCCACUCCCAGUACCCGGCGACAGGUGCGGGAAUUUUUGGGAUCAGCAGGUUAUUGCAGACAGUGGAUCCCCAACUACGCCGUGUUGGCUAAGCCGCUGUACCAGGCUACGAGAGGUGGAAGAGAAGAUCCGUUUGAGUGGACAGAAGAAUGUCAACAGGCGUUUAAGGCAUUAAAAGAAGCAUUGAUGUCAUCUCCAGCAUUAGGACUGCCCGAUUUGGAAAAACCAUUCACUCUGUUCGCUGCAGAGCGGGAAGGAACAGCGGUUGGAGUAUUGACCCAACCACUAGGUUCAUGGCAAAGGCCGGUUGCCUACUUGUCAAAGCAAUUGGACACAGUGGCUCGUGGAUUGCCACCUUGCCUGAGGGCCGUGGCAGCAUCAGUAGAUUUAAUCAAAGAAGCGAAUAAAUUGACCCUAGGACAGCCACUGACAGUUAAGGUGCCCCAUAGUGUUAAGGCACUGUUAGACACUAAGGGACCGCGCUGGCUCACAAGUGAGAGGUUAAUGAAAUACGAGGGAUUGUUGUGUGACAACCCACUGGUGACCCUGGAGACUUGCUCCACUCUGAAUCCGGCCACCCUGCUCCCGACUCCAGGAGACACCACGAUCCAUCAGUGUGCCCAGGUGAUGGACGAGGUAUUCUCCAGUCGACCGGACUUGAAGGAUGUGCCACUGACGAAGGUGGACGACACUCUGUUCACAGAUGGAAGCUCCUUUAUGGAAAAUAAUCAAAGACACUCAGGUUAUGCGGUUGUCCGGUGGGGGGGAGAGACGCUGGAAGCAGGGUCACUGCCCCCGGGGACUUCUGCCCAGAAGGCCGAAUUGAUUGCCCUGACCCGAGCGUUGGAAUUGUCAAGCGGAAAGCGGGUUAACAUUUACACAGACUCAAAAUAUGCCUUCACUACCCUCCACGCACACGGAGCACUGUACAAGGAGCGCGGGCUCCUCACGUCUGGAGGAAAGUGCGUGAAACAUGCCGGAGAGAUUGUGGAUCUCUUGGAGGCGGUUUGGAAGCCAAGGCAGGUGGCUGUGAUGCAUUGUAAAGGGCACCAACGUGGAGACGAUCCCGUAGUGCAAGGAAAUAGGCAGGCUGAUCUGGCAGCCAAAGAGGCAGCUAGGCUGCCCCAUAUUGAACAUCAGGUAAUGGCCCUACAGGUAGAAUUAACUGAACAUAACGUUACAUAUACACCAGAGGAAGAAGAAUGGGCCUUAAAGGAGAAGGGUCAGUGGUCAGGAGAACUCAUAGUGAUGCCAGACGCCCGUGUCUACGUCCCUAAGGACUUGGCAUGGCACUUAGUCCAACACAUGCACCAAAACACACAUUUAGGAAAAAUGGCAUUGGCAAAUCUGCUAGGACGACAGUUGUAUAUCGAUGGAUUACAUAGCCUAACGGCAGCAGCAGCCCGAAAAUGCUGGACAUGUAUCAAAAAUAACCCCAGAGAAGGACCCCUCAAGCCACCAGGAGUCCAGCAUGUGGGUGGGGUACCCUUUGAAGCUUUAGUCACUGACUUUACAGAAAUGCCCCCAUACAAAGGAUACAAAUAUUUACUGGUGUUCGUGGACACAUACACAGGAUGGGUGGAGGCUUACCCUACAAAGACUGAGAAGGCUGUGGAGGUUUCAAGAGCUCUAAUGAAAGAUGUUAUUCCCAGAUUUGGCAUACCCUUAGAAAUUGGAUCAGAUAAUGGCCCAGCAUAUAUUCAACAGGCCGUGCAAGGAUUAUGUAGAAUUUUGGGCAUAAAAUGGAAGUUACAUUGUGCAUAUAGACCCCAAUCUUCUGGAAAAGUGGAAAGAAUGAAUAGGACAUUAAAGGCUCAGCUUGGGAAACUUUGCCAGGAGACAGGAUUGCCAUGGACGGUGGUUUUGCCCAUGGCAUUAUUAGGAAUCAGAUGUACACCACACAAACGGACAGGACUCUCCCCUUUUGAAAGACUCUAUGGACGACCCCCUUUGAACUUGAAGGGAGCCUUAGAGACAGGAGCUGAGCAACACCUCAUAGGAGAGAAACAGACAUUGGCCCAGGUUCAGGCUUUGGGCAGACAAAUGCAGCAGUUAGAAAAAUACAUUUCUGAAUUGAACCCACCAUUCCCUACCACACCUCUACAUUGUUUUUCACCAGGUGACGAGGUUUUGGUCAAGGAUUGGAAGAUUGAGCCAUUGGGACCCAAGUGGCGAGGACCCUAUGUUGUGCUCCUGUCUACCCUCACUGCAGUGAAGGUGAAGGAGAUUAAGCCGUGGAUACAUUACACCCGUGUAAAACUAGCACCUGAGGAGUGGCGGACGGAGCGAGUUCCUGGUGAGGACCUGAGACUCAGGAUCAUCCGGCAACUCCCUGAGGGGUCAACAAGGCCAUGAAGCUGAU